AUGUUAGUAGAUGUCACGAUUGUUGCUGUUAAGAAAUCUGCCCGGGUUGAUGAAAGCAAAAUCGAAGAAUUCAUCAAUGAAGUUGUCAUUCUUUUAAGGGUUAAUCAUAGGACUGUGGUGAAACUGCUAGGGUGUUGUCUCGAGACAGAAGUUCCGCUCCUGGUUUAUGAAUUUAUAACCAACGGUACACUUUUCAGCUUGAUUCAUAGCGACAACCUUAACGAUGAGUUUCCCUUCUCGUGGGAGAUGCGGCUAAAAAUCCAACAGAGCAAUAUCCUUCUUGACGAGAAGUACCGAGCUAAAGUGUCGGAUUUUGGAACUUUGAAGUCCAUUGCCAUUGAUCAAACUCAUGUCACUACUCAAGUGAAAGGAACAUUUGGCUACUUGGAUCUUGAGUAUUUUCAUUUCAGUCAGUUCACUGAAAAGAGUUAUGUCUAUAGUUUCGGAGUCAUAUUGGUUGAACUUAUGACGGGAAACAAGGCAAUUUCUUUUGCGACAAAUGAAGAAGACAGAAGUCUUGUCACACGAUUCCUUUCGGCUAUGGAAGGGAAUCGACUCUUCAAGAUUCUUGACAAACAAGUGUUGGAACAAGGCAAAAAGGAAGAUCUCAUGGACCUUGGUAAGAGAUGCUUGGACUUGAAUGGGAAAAAGAGAUCGACCAUGAAAGAAGUGGUAUCAGAACUAGAAAAGGUUAAAUUUGGCACAACUUCAUACGAGACAAAGAAUUUUGAGGGCAAAAGAUUGUUGGAGAUUGAACCAACGACAUUUUCUGAAACUAAUUAUACAUGGACAACCACGGAAGAAAAUUACACUAGGCGCACACCCGUUAUUGUUUGA